AUGGUAAGAAGUUCAUCGAAGAAGCAGAAGAAGCAGAAGAAGGAAACUGGGGAGAAGAAGCCUUUGGUGUCACGAGAAUCGCGUGAGCCGCGGGAAGAAAAGAAGAAACGGCGAAGUUACCGGAAGGAAUCCUACUCAGUGUACAUCUAUCGUGUCCUUAAGCAAGUCCAUCCGGAUACCGGGAUUUCUUCGAAGGCGAUGUUGAUUAUGAACUCUUUCGUUAAUGAUGUUUUCGAUCGAGUUGCAAUGGAAGCGAGCCGUUUGGCGCAUUAUAGCAAACGGACGACGAUAUCAGCUCGAGAAAUCCAGACAGCAGUUCGUUUGAUUCUUCCGGGAGAAUUGGCGAAGCAUGCCGUGUCCGAGGGCACUAAAGCUGUCACCAAGUACAUGAGUUCGUAG